GUGCUUGCCAGCGUGUGCACUCCGCCGUGCGCUUUAAAGGCGCCAAGCGAAGCGAAACCCGAGCGCUCGUUCAGGCGGAAGACUAAGCCUCGAGUUUUGUAUUUUUCUUUUCACCUCGGAAGUUUUGAGCAGGGCCCACGGAAUCUUUGCCUCUUUAUCAACGCGUUUUGUCUUUUUUUUUUCAUCGCCUCCGAAGGUUGCGGUUUCGAGAGACGCUACAGGAAUGCUGACGAUUUUCUUACUAGGCCUUCUACUAGCGACAGCUAACAGCGAAGAUGGCAGAGGGGAAGAGGCGCUUGACACAGAAGGUCACAGCUUCGGCAGCCUUGGUCAGGCCACGACUUUUCGGCAAGCUGGAAACUUCCUUCAGGCUGCUCCAACAUACGGACGUUCGACGUAUGGGCAGUCGGCAGGAAUAGACAGCCGUCCUCAGCCGUUCGACUUCGGCUACAACGUUCAGGACGAGUUCGGCAACAACCAGUUCCGCCAGGAGAAAGGUGACGAGUCCGGUUCGGUGCAAGGGGCGUACGGUUACACGGACAGCUACGGCGUCUACCGCAAGGUGCAUUACGUGGCCGACCAGAACGGAUUCCGAGCGGACAUCAAGACCAACGAGCCUGGCGUCAAGCAGGAGAACCCGGCCGACGUGCAGCUCAUAGUCGAGUCACCGCCGCAGGGCGUGCUCCAGCAGGCCCUGACAGGCUCAAGGUCCGCGGGCUUCGCCAAGCUCCCUGCUGUGGCGGCGCCCGGCCAACCGAGAUUCCCGUCGGGCCUGAAUGCGUGAAAUGCUCCUGAUACGAGCACGCGGAAGCUGCCUCCACGCACGCGUAGGCAGCCGGGUUCACUUCACUAGACGUGGAGUUGAUCUGCGCGGGUGCAUACAAAAGUCAGUCGGAGAUUCAACUCAAGUGGAGACUUUCAUUUUGUGAUGCAGUUACUUGCACUGCUCUUGCUAACGUGGGACAGGGGGGAAACGGACACGACAGUCCUCUCAUGCGCCACGGUCUUGAGAAGAAUGCAAGUAACCGUAGCAUGAAACCCUAUGAACUAGCUCAAACCAAUACCCUUCACCUUGUGUUAUGUGCAGCGCUCACGUUAAUAACGGUGGCCUAUAUGCACGAAAGCGCACAGGGCAAU